CUCGAGUUUUGUAAGUAGAAAAAACACAGAUGUCAUGUGGCAUGUGUGUGUAAUUAUCAUUUCAUCACACUAAAGAAAAACAAAAACACCGCUAAGCUAAAACACUCACACACACACACACACAGAGUUGCUUUUGCAGUCUUUUCCUACAAAUCUCCAAUCUCAAGCAUAAGCUUUAUUUGUGCUAAACAUAUAUAAUAUACAUAUUUUACAUGUUACUUUACAUAUAAUGCAAUUGUUAUCGCCUUCAUUCUGUGUAGAAUCCAUCUGGGUCUUUCUCGCUUAUCUGGAUCAGAGGUACGCACAUUCAAGAUGCUUUUUUUUUCUUGAUUUUUUGUCUAAUUACAUUUGUAGAAUUUAGUCUUUUAGGGAAUGUAUCUAGUUUGAUUUGUUGGAGAAGUGAGUUCUUCAUAUUCUUUUCGAAUUUAGUGUUUGUAUUUUGGUAAUCUCAAUCAAUGCAUUGUGAAAUUAUUGCUACAAAUGGCGAUCGAUUCUCUUGCAUAUUGACUAGUUUGGGAAAAUGAUUUGUGUGUUGGUUAUUUGCAUUGAUCUGUCUUUCGUCGAUUGUUGUCGUAUGUUCGAGUUGAUCCGUUGUCGGUGCUGUAAUUUGGCUUAAUACUUUUGAAAUUUGUAGCAGAAUGUAAUAAUCUUCUUCAUAAAUGAUGUUGAUUUCUCUUUUGAAAAGGUACAAAUGCAGGAAAGAUCAAUGCCUUAAUUGAAUGCAAAUUAAUGAACUACCUAGCAGUUCAAACUCUGUAAAAAGACCUUCUGCAACUAGGGAAGGAGCAAGAGAGAUCAAAGAUGUCGAGCGAAGGGGCCGCUCAUUGGUGUUACAAUUGCCAGGAACCCGUCUCUCUCACGGGGCAGAAUCGGGUUUGUGCAAACUGUGAAAGAGGUUUUGUUCAAGAGCUGGAUGAUGCAAUUAGUAUGAACACCGAAGAAAACAGCCAGAGGCCGAGGUUUAUGGAAGCCCUCUCGAAUUUCCUCAGACAGCAAAGGGCUGUUGGGAGCAACAUAUCGGAGGUCAUUGAUGGUAAUUCAUGGAAUUCACUCCUUGUGUUUAGUGGAGACAUGCCGGUUAGAAUGCCAGGCAGCGGCGGCAUCUUGGAGUUUCUGAAUGAAACUCUAGGGUUCAGGCGGGAAACCGGGGGUGACUAUUUUGUGGGUCCAGGAGUCGAGGAAUUCCUCGAACAUGUGACCCAGAGUGAUCAACGCGUGCCUCCCCCGGCCUCAAGAUCAUCCAUUGAUGCCUUACCAACUGUCAAGAUUUUGAAGAAGCACGUUCGUGCUGAUUCGACCUGUGCUGUUUGCAGAGAGGAUUUCGAACUGGGAUCUCAGGUGAGGAAGCUACCGUGCAAGCACUUGUACCACUCGGAUUGCAUAGUGCCGUGGCUAGAACAACGCGCCUCAUGUCCAGUCUGUCGCCAGGAGCUGAUCGGUCAGCGGCUAGGCAAUGACUGCAAUAGUCAGAACUUGUGGGGGCAAAUCCGUAGCAGAAGAUGGAGCAGGAGAUGGAGUCGUAGAGACGAAGCAACGACAGCAGCAACAACGACAACAGCAGAAGCAGAGAAUCGGGGAAGGCGGAGGAGGAGGUGGUCUUUCUUGUGGCCUUUUCGUUCAUCUCGUUCCAAUCCUAACCGCGGUGAGACAGUCGAACCGACCUCGGUUCCGUACCAUGAACAUAACCAACAUGAAGAGUACUCGUAUUGGCCUUUUGAAUAUUGAAAAUCAAUUACAGCAAAUCCUGCUGUCUCUUCAAAUUCUUUGUGAUCCUAGUAUUCAUAGUCAAUGUGAUCGAAUAAAUGUGAGGAUUAUUAUCAUUGUUAUUUAUCCAUCUUCAGUCUGCACAUUGGCCUUUUGGAUUA